UUCUGGGGGGGAUUUUACUAUUGCACAUUUUGGGGGCCCUGUUUUGUGGUUACCGGGAUUGACUGAGAUGUUGCAAUGAUCAUGGCAGCGCAAGUGGUUUCAGCUGCUGCGCCGACCACCAAUGCGAACAAUAAAGGUAAAAACCAGGGUCUUCCUGGACUGAAUCAGGACUUAAACUCUGGGGGGACAGGACCAGGUUCAGGAUCUAUCCCUGGAUUAGGAGAUGGGACUCCAAACAGCGGAAUGAACAAUAAUGUGGAUCACCUCCACCACCACAACCUUUUGCACCACCAUCACCACCACCAUCUCCUUCACCAUCAUCACCACCAUGAAGUAAACAUGGCAAAUGCAAAUUCAUUAUCAUCCUCAUCUCUCUUAUCCUCCACCACUAAUAAUACAAACAAUAACAAUAGCAGCAAUUCAGACACAGGACUGAAGGAUGGGAGAAAUCCGGCAGUCUCACCCCAUUUCCAGGCUAUGGAGAUGGGUGGUGGGAUCCCCAACCACAAGUUAAAGUGUGGUAGUGUUGGGGACUAUCUUGCUCAUUCUCAUCACCAUGGCCAUCACAGCCAGCAGCAUACACCCCACCAUGCACCCCAGCAUCUGCAGCAGCAACCUCCCCACCACCCCAACCAUCCACCCCAGCAACUUAAUCAGCUGCAGCCCCAGCAGCAACUAGCAGGGGCAGCACAACAACCAACACCGAAUAAAAGCAGCCCUGGAGGAGGAAGCAAUAGCAGCAGUGAGGCGUCAGAUAUGGAAAAUCAGCAGCAGCAACAACAACAUGCUGGUGUGGGAGAAGAGGGCUGUAAUAAUGCUGGUGCAGGGGAAAAAGAUGUUGCUUUGGUUAAUCAGGGCGACCCCCAGUCUAGGAGGACUGGCAUGGCAGGAGAAGAAGACGAUCUGCAGGGAAAAAUGAUGGCUGGGGAGCCCAUGAGCAGUCGGUAUGAGCAUGCAGUGCUGGGAGGAGGGCAGCAGCAAGGAAACAACAGCAGCAGCAGCAAUAAUAAUAAUAAUAUUAGUGGCAACGGUGGAUCAUCUUCUUCUUCAUCCUCUUCUUCCUCCUCGUCUGAAUUUAAUAAUUAUUAUGGCAGUGCAUCAACAAACAGAGUAGGGCCUUGCUUUGAUCAACAUGGCAGACAACAAAGCACUGGUAUGGGGAUGAUGCAUUCUGGAUCUACGGCCCCCAGCAGCAACAUAGACCCCAUGCAGAACUCCCAUGAAGGGUAUGGCAGCAAUCAGUAUGACCACUACCAGGGAUACAGCAGGGCCGCUGCUGCUGCAGGAGGAGGGGCGGGAAGCUAUGGCAGCUCUACCUCUGCAUAUGGGGUGCUGAGCUCCCCAAGGCAGGCUAGCACUAGUACCCCAGGCAGCAGCAACAUGAUGAUAGGUGAAAGAGGUGGCAGUCAUAGUAAGCCACCUAGUGCUUCCAACGCAGGGGGCUUCCAAAGGUACCAGGGACAAAACCAGCACCCAUCAGGUGCCACCCCUACUCUGAACCAACUCCUAACAUCCCCUAGCCCUAUGAUGCGGAGUUAUGGAGGAAGCUAUCCUGAAUACAGCACUCCUAGUGCACCCCAGCAACCGUCAAGCAAUGCACAUGGGAGUCAACAGCCCGGGGGCAUGGGAAUGGGCAAAGACAUGGGGUCCCAGUAUGGAGCUACCACCACAGGCUGGGGAGCACAACAAAGAAAUCAUCCAGCUAUGAGCCCUGGAAGCACUGGACAAACCAUCAGCAGAUCCCAGCAGGGAAGUCCAAUGGAGCCAGUGGUAAUGAAAAGACCUCCACUUUAUGGAAUGGGCAAUAGUCCCUACUCUCAGACACAGCAAAGCAGUCCUUAUCCAGGCCAAUCAUAUGGACAACCAGGACCACAAAGAUAUCCAAUGGCAAUACAGGGACGGACCCACAGUGGCAUUACAGGAAUGCAGUAUCCACAGCAACAGAUUCCACCUCAGUAUGGUCAACAAGGCUACUGCCAACAAGGCCAACAGCCAUAUUACAGCCAGCAGUCGCAGCAUCACUAUUCACAGCCACAGGGUCAGUACCUGUCACAAGCUCAACAGCGGUAUCAAGCCCAGCAGGAAGUUCCUCCUGAAAGCUACGGAAACAGAACUCAACCUCCUUCAAUGGCUCCUGGAAAGACUAACCAUGACGAUUUGAAUAUAAUACAACAAGAGAGGCCAUCAAGCUUACCAGACUUAUCUGGUUCUAUUGACGACUUGCCAACUGGAACUGAAGCAACAUUAAGUUCGGCUGUGAGUGCCUCGGGUUCUACAAGCAGCCAGGGGGAGCAAAGCAAUCCUGCACAGUCACCCUUUUCUCCUCAUGCAUCACCACAUCUACCCAGCAUCCAGGGUGGUGGUCCAUCACCAUCACCUGUGGGCUCACCAGUUGGGAGCAACCAGUCAAGAUCAGGUCCAAUAUCACCUGCUAGUAUUCCUGGAACCCAGAUGCCACCACAACCGGCAGGCAGUCAAACUGAAUCCAGCUCACAUCCUGCGUUAAGCCAGUCACCAAUGCCACAGGAAAGAGGUUAUAUGCCCGGUGUACAGAGAAACCACCAGUUGCCACAAUAUGGACCCCAGCAAACUGGGCCUUCUAUGUCUCCACAUCCAUCUCCUGGAGGUCAGAUACAUCCUGGUAUGGGCAGCUUUGCACAAGGAAACUCCAGCAGCACUUAUGGCUCUCAGAUGAACCAAUAUGGAACGCAAGGUAAUUACUCAAGGCCACCAUCAUAUUCUGGAGUACCGAAUACAAAUUACAGUGGACCAGGCCCUGGAAUGAAUAUAAACACCAACAACCAGAUGCAUGGGCAGGGGCCCAGUGGCUCUAUGAACAUGGGCAGAAUGCCUGGCAGCACGGUGCAAAGCAGGCCAUAUCCUGGAAACAUGGUGAAUAUGACCCCCAGUUCCCCUGGCAUGACACAGCAGGGUGCUCCAGGGAUGGGACCACCCAUACCUUCUGUAAACCGCAAAGCACAGGAGGCAGCAGCUGCCGUGAUGCAAGCAGCCGCUAACUCUGCUCAAAGCAGGCCACCAUACAUUAGGUUGCCUGCUUAUCCCAGCCAGUCUGGGGCUGGUGGACGCCCCAUGUUUUCCUCACAGCAUCCCAACUAUGGCAACUCUCAGGUUCCAAUGAUGCAUCAGCCUGAUCAGUACGGACAAAGCGGGUUUCCUGGGAUGAACCAGAGUGGCCUUAUGGGAUCCAAUUCUCCGUACAGCCAAUCCUUGAAUAGCAAUGCUGCCAUGAUGACUCCACAAUCAUCCCCCUACAAUAUGAUGAACAGUUCAGCAGGUCACUUGGGUCUUGCUGAAAUGAUGACUGGAGAUACUAAACUGCCUCCUUCCCUGAAACUCGAUGGUAAAGAAGAUGGGCCUCCCCACCCUGAAAUAAAGUCAAAGGAUAGCUACAGUUCACAGGGUAUAUCUCAGCCCCCAACCCCAGCCAACCUGCCAGUCCCUUCCCCAUUGUCCCCAAGCUCCGCUAGCAUCUCCUCCUUUCAUGGAGAUGAAAGUGAUAGCAUUAACAGCCCAGGCUGGCCAAAGACUCCAUCAAGCCCUAAAGCCAAUUCAUCUACUACCACUGGAGAAAAGAUAACUAAGUUGUAUGAGUUGGGGAGCGAACCUGAACGCAAGAUGUGGGUGGACAGAUACCUGACUUUUAUGGAGGAGAGAGGAACACCUGUUGCAACAUUGCCAGCUGUUGGUAGGAAGCCCCUAGACUUGGUCAGGCUUUACUUCUGUGUCAAGGAGAUUGGUGGUCUGGCUCAGGUUAAUAAGAAUAAGAAAUGGCGAGAGCUUUCGACAAAUCUAAAUGUUGGCACUUCUAGCAGCGCGGCAAGCUCACUGAAAAAGCAGUAUAUCCAGUACCUGUUUGCUUUUGAAUGCAAGAUAGAGAGAGGGGAGGAGCCUCCUCCAGAGAUCUUCAAUCCUGGAGAGUCGAAGAAACAGCCUAAGAUUCAGCCGCCAUCUCCUGCAAACUCUGGAUCUUUCCAAGGACCACAUACUCCCCAAUCCACUGGCAGUAAUUCCAUGGCCGAGAUGCCUGGGGAUUUAAAGCCUCCAACUCCCGCAUCAACACCACAUGGACAGAUGCAACCAAUGCCAAGUGGCAGGAACAGUUCAGUGAACGUACAGGACCCUUUCUCAGACGAUUCAGGUUUUCCAAAGCGCAAUUCAAUGACUCCAAACGCUGCUUACCAACAAGGAAUGAAUGUGCCAGACAUGUUGAGCCGGAUGCCAUAUGAGCCCAACAAAGAUCCAUUCAGCAGCAUGAGAAAAGUGCCUGGGAGCAAUGAGCCUUUCAUGACCCCUGGCCAAAUGGCAAACAGCAGCAUGCCAGAGAUGUACAACCAGACUCCCUCUGGGGUGAUGUCCAGUAUGAGUAUGACUCAGCGUCAGCAAUUUCCCUUUGGACCUGGAAGCUAUGAUAGAAGGUCAGAAUAUGUCAUGGGUGCUGAAAGCGCAAUGGGACCACCUGGUCAAAACAACAUGGGGCCUUCAAACAGUGAUCCAAGCAUGUAUUCACCAAACCGUUUUCAAGGACAACAAAGGCAUGAAACCUAUGGACAGCAGUAUCCAGGGCAAGGUCCCGCUUCAGGACAACCACCUUAUGGAGGGCACCAGCCAGGAAUGUACCCACAACAACAAAACUACAAACGUCAUAUGGAUAGCAUGUAUUGUCCUUCAUCGAAGCGCCAUGAGGGAGACAUGUACACUAUGCAGUACAGCAGCCAACAGCAAGAUGUGUACAAUCAAUAUAGCAACACUUACUCUGGACCUGACAGGAGGCCAAUGCAAGGACAGUAUUCUUUCCCUUACAACAGAGAGAGGAUGCAGAGUCCAGGGCAAAUACAGCAACAUGGCAUGGGACCUCAAAUAAUGGGUGGCCCAGUGCAGUCAUCUUCAGGUGAUGGUGCUCAGCAGAAUAUGUGGCCUGCACGCAGUGACUUACCCUAUCAAUACCAAGGAAGGCAAGGCCCAGCUGGCACACAACAGCAAGGAACUUAUCCAGCUAUGAACCGUUCUGAUGAUAUCUUGGUACCUGACCAAAGAAUGAAUCAUGAGGGUCAGUGGCCAUCUCAUGGAAACCAACGUCCGUCUUCCUACAUGUCCCCAUCUGGAGCAUUGCAACCAAACACUAGAGCGCCACCAUCAUCUUACCAGACCCCACCAUCUAUGGCAAACCACAUUUCAAGGGCCUCAAGCCCUGCCUCAUUUCAGCGCUCACUGGAAAACCGUAUGUCACCAAGCAAAUCUCCUUUCUUGCCUUCACUAAAAAUGCAGAAGGUUAUGCCCACAGUUCCACCAACUCAGACAACUGGGCUUUCUUCACAGACUUCUAUCAUCAGGCGUGAAAUUACCUUUCCACCUGGCUCAGUGGAAGCAACUCCACCGGUCUUGAAGUCAAGGAGAAAAAUUACCUCAAAAGACAUUGUAACACCUGAAGCUUGGAGGGUAAUGAUGUCUUUAAAAUCUGGUCUCUUGGCUGAAAGUACAUGGGCUUUAGACACCAUCAACAUCCUAUUGUAUGAUGACAGUACAGUGACUGCUUUUACCCUAUCUCAGCUGCCUGGCUUUUUGGAGCUCUUGGUGGAAUAUUUUAGGAAAUGCCUCAUUGAUGUCUUUGGGAUAUUGAAGGAGUAUGAAGUUGGGGCAAAUGUUUGUGAUGCUCUUGAAAAUGACGUAGAUGGUAGUCCAUCUACAGAGGAAGAAGAAGCUGCUAUGGAUUAUGAAGGUGGUACAGAAGAGGAUGAAGUUAUAGAUGAAAAUGAACCUGAUCAGGAUGAUACCAGUGUAUUAGAUGAGAAAGAAAACCUAAAACCGGAGGAAAAAAACACCUCAUUCAUAAAACCUGAAAAGUUAAUAAAUCGACAUGAGAAGCCAAAACAAGCAAGUAAAUUUGAUAGGCUGCCAAUCAAAGUUGUAAAGAAGAAUGAUCUAUUUGUUAUUGACCGUUCUGACCGACUUGGACAUGCUCAGGAAUUCAAUAGUGGGCUACUUCAUUGGCAGCUUGGUGGAGGUGAUACAACUGAACAUAUUCAGACUCACUUUGAAAGUAAAAUGCAAAUUCCCUUGUACAGGAGACCUCAAAGAUCAGUCAGUCCUCAAAACAAAAAGAAGAAAGAGCAAGAUGAUAGAUUUCUACCAGAUAAUGAUGAGGAUCAACCAGAAAAGAGUAUAACUGCAACCAUUGAUGAUGUACUCUCUGCAAGGCCUGGUGCACUCCCAGAAGAUUCCAGUAAUGCUUGCUUGCAAAUAGAGAGCAACAAACUUUCGUUAGGAAUCCACCACGCCAAAAGUCACAGGAAUAUAACAUUACUGGAAGAUGAACCGAGAAGCCGAGAUGAAGUUCCUUUGUGUACAGUAGCUUCUUGGCAAGACUCUUUGGCCAGGCGUUGCAUUUGUGUGUCAAAUAUUAUCCGUAGUUUGUCUUUUGUGCCUGGGAAUGAUGCCGAGUUGUCAAAACAUUCAGGCUUGGUCUUGACCCUUGGGAAAUUAAUUCUCCUCCAUCAUGAGCAUCCAGAAAGAAAACGAACACCACAGACUUAUGAAAAAGAGGAGGAGGAAGAAAAAGGUGCCAGCUGCAGCAAGGAUGAGUGGUGGUGGGACUGUCUCGAGGUACUGAGAGAAAAUACUUUGGUCACAUUAGCUAAUAUUUCUGGACAAUUAGACUUGUCUGCAUACACAGAAAGUAUCUGUUUGCCAAUCUUGGAUGGUUUACUACACUGGAUGGUGUGCCCAUCUGCUGAGGCACAGGAUCCUUUCCCAACAGUAGGGCCCAAUUCUAUUCUUUCCCCUCAGAGACUUGUGCUUGAAACAUUAUGUAAACUCAGUAUACAGGACAAUAAUGUGGAUCUUAUUUUAACCACGCCUUCUUUCAGUCGCCAAGAAAAACUCUAUGCGACGCUAGUUAGGUAUGUCGGGGAUCGCAAAAACCCUGUGUGUCGAGAAAUGUCUGUGGCGCUGCUUUCGAACCUUGCUCAGGGGGAUUUUGUGGUAGCAAAGGCUAUAGCUUUGCAAAAAGGAAGCCUUGGGAACUUAAUAAGCUUCUUGGAAGAUGGUGUUACCAUGGCUCAAUAUCAGCAGAAUCAACAUAACCUCAUGCACAUGCAGCCUCCCCAUUUGGAGCCUCCCAGUGUAGACAUGAUGUGCAGGGCAGCUAAGGCUUUAUUAGCCAUGGCCAAAGUGGAAGAGAACCACUCCGAGUUCCUUUUGCACGAAAGCCGUUUAUUGGAUAUCUCUAUAACAGCGGUUCUGAACUCUACCGUUUCCUCAGUCAUUUGUGAUGUACUCUUUCAAAUAGGACAGUUAUGACACCAGUGGGAAGCCAAGCAUGUGUGAGGGGAGAGUAGGAAGUCGCAUAUAACUGGCUAUUUUUCUGUUCUUUAGAGAAGAAGAAACAUGAUAAAUAAAAGCAAAACAAAGAUGCUCCUCACCCAGUCAUUAUUUACCAAUUGGAAUUUCUAAGAAAUGGUUAAUGAGCUAUGAAAAUAAAUAUUUGCUGUUUGUGUAUGUUCAUUCUAUUUUAUUUUAAUUUUUUUCCUUUACCAAAGUUGGUGAUUGUUUUAUUUGAAGGUCAUUUUGGAUCUUAUUAUUUUUUUAGUUUUCUUUUUCUUGAUUGUAUUAUUAGCCUUAGGGGACAGAUAAACCCAUGUGAGCAUUGUAAAAAAUGAAACUUUAUCAUUUCUUUGAAGAGAAUAAGUUGUUAUUAUUUCAGUUUUCAUAUUCAGAGUAUUUUUUGUACCCUUGAGUUAAAAGAAAUGUACCAAACCAGUGUGCAAUAGAACCACUAGUGACAUUGUUUAAGUAUGUGGAAAGGGGGACUAAGUUUAAAAAAAAAUCUGUUUUCAUCCUUUGGAUAACAGUAAUAUUAGAAUAGAAGCAGAGUGAAUAGACACUUAUCUGGAAAAAAUUCAGAACAUUUAAACCUAUUAAAAAAAAAAAAGAAAGAGUUCAAAAAUUCAUACAUGCCACUUUCAUAAUCAAGUAUAGUAUUUGAGAUUUCACAUGAUAACAGCCUUUAGAUGCUUUGUUAUAUUUUUUUUUGUUUUUCAUUUCUCAUUAUUACCCAGGGUCUGGGAUGUAUAUAAGAAAUGUACAGGCCUUUACUUUGUUUCUUUUCUUAAAAAAAUAAUUUUUAGUAUACUUUGGCUAUUUCCCCAUGAUGUGGUUAAAGUAAUAGACUUUUAUUGUCAUCUUUUUUUUUCUCCUUUGUCAUGGCACUGAAAAAAAAUCCUAGCCAUAUAUCCCACAAUGAGGGUAAUGUGCAGGUUUCUGUAUGUAUAAAAUAAUGCUCUAUUUUGGUGUAGCCGCUGGACACUUGCAGGUUGCAGUUACAAUGUGGAGAUAGUUGCCUGCCAACUAAAGAAGAUAAUGGUUAUAUUAUACAAAUGGCAGUUAUAACAAUACAACAGAUGAAUCGACACAACUGCUGAGGUUUUUCAGUGAUGAAACUCAACAUAUUUGUAUUUCAAGAAAAUGUAGUUUAAAAAAAAAAAAGAAAAAAAAAGAAAAUGAAAAAACUUGUUGUAAAUUCCUCCUUUUCCUCUGGCUUAAUGAAUAUCAUUUAUUCAGUAUAAAAUCUUUAUACUAUAUGUUCCACAUGUUAAGAAUAAAUGUACAUUAAAUCUUGUUAAGCACUGUGAUGGGUGUUUUUGAAUAAUCACUUUUUCCUCUUGUAUAUAGAUUUUGAAGUAUGUUAAUGGUCUUUUACACAAUGUUGCAAUAUACGCUCUCUGACAUGGAAAAGGGUUAUAUACUGUACUGCAAGGUUCAGCUUUUAUAUUAAUACUAAACAGACUGUAUAUAUUUUUGUAGAAAUUAGCAAUAGCUUUAUUUGCUUCCCGUGGGUACCAAGUUGCAUUGAGAAAUAUUGUUAUUUUGUGUGCAUAGAUUUUUGCUGUAAAAAAACAAAACAAAAAACGAAAAGCCA